UAUUUUGCCACAGAGUGUCGCCAUCCUUCCGGCACGGCGAGUUUUCCACCUCCGAAUCCGGUCGUGAAACCGUCUGUGAAAACCCCUUUCUGUAAAGUGUCUAAGCUGAAGAAGACUAUCCAGCCACCAACUCCUUCAUCUUCUUCGAUUCCCACCGCUGGCGGCGCAAAGCUGAACCAUACGAUCGUCAAGCGUACUACGGAUCAGGCGAAUCUGUCUGCGAGUGGCUCGCUAUCGAUCUCCUCGUCGCCCCGAUCGCCCCUCGAAUCGAUUCCAGUGCAAACUACUUCUCCUAACGUGGCCGGCCCCUCGAAUCUCGUCGGCGUGUCAACAAAUAGCGGUAGCAGUCCAGGCAAAAGCCCCGGUACCGGCAGCAGCAGCGGCGGCGGUGGCAGUGGUGGUGGUCAGCCUCGUCGGAAGAGACUCAAAACGGAUCGCUCGCUGCUCAAAGAUCGCGAGUAUGAUCCCGAUCGGCACUGCGGCGUCUGGAAUGAGGAAACCGGCAAGCCCUGUACUAGGUCGCUCACAUGCAAGGCGCACACCGUCUCACUACGCCGAACGGUCGUUGGUCGCAGCAAGACCUUCGACAAACUUCUCGCGGAGCAUCGAGCCGCGAAGGAACAGCCGAAUAGCGGCAGCAAUCGGCAGACGACGAAGAUGACGGUGUCCGGCACUGUCACUGUAUCUUCGGCCGCUACCGUCGCUGCCGCCGCCGCCGUGGCAUCUAGCUUAAACACUCCCCUUACUCCCAACGCUCCAGUAUCCAUCGCUGAGCCGGAAGCGCCAACCUCACCGCCCGUACUAUCGCUGCCAGACACAUAUCCACUGCCACCAAAGGCUGUUGAUUUGCUUUAUCGGUGUCUGGCCCCGCAUGGCUCCACUAAACCUACCAAACUCGAAGAAGACUUCGCCAACGAGGAGCUGCGGAGUCUAAAGUCCACAUUGGUGGUCAACUCUACCAUCGCAACCGACAACAGCAACAGCAGUGGCGGCGGUGGUGGCGGCGGUGGCGGCAGUAGCGGCGACAGCGCGUCGCAGCAACAAUCGGGCUCGAUGAUGGGACCGAUAUCUGUGAUGCUGCCGUCGCUGUCCCCGUUAUCGGGUGCAAACAAUGAAGAAUCGCCAGGAGUGACCACUCUGAUACCGAGCACCACGACGCCUGCUGCGAUACCGGUCAUAUCGAUGCCACUGCCAACUACUUGCGUGCAACCGCCUACGGUAAUCGCAACAGUGCUUGAGGGUGAGACACCGGUGGACAUCGAUGCCGAGACCAUGUCUAUGUAUUCCCCCAUUUAUACUGCGACCAAGGACGCCAAAUCGCAGCUAGUAAUGCAGAUACAAUCGCGGCCGAAUAGUCAUUCAUCGCAGUCGCCUGUCUCGGUCAGGAACUAUCAGCAGAUACAGGCUUCUAUGCCAAGCCUGAACUUGUUUGAGCCGGUGGAGCAGCUGGAGCAACAGCAUGCAAGCCAGAUCAACGGCAAGAGAUUGAAUCAUGCGAACCCGAUGUCAUCACGACAGCAAAAAAGGCACGGCAAAUCGCACCACGAGCAGUUGUGCCAAUCAUUGCAAGACUACUCGACAUCUGCAUCAAUCCAGGUCGAGGCGACGACUACAUCGUCGCCAUAUCCGCAUUUCGGCGACAUUUCCUGGUCGAACUGUCAUCCGGAACCAUUGGCGGUCAGCCGGUGGCUUCGUAUCUCGUCCAGCCGUAAACAGUACAAUUUCAAUAUUCACUGACACAAGACCCCACCCACCCCGGGCUGAGGACUAUGUGCCGCGGGCGUCGUUUGUCUACCUCCUUUCCUUCGCGACACCAUCUUCUCUUUUUUCAUCGCCCACGUCGUCGUCGUCGUCGUCAUCCUAGUCGUUGCUGCCACAGUCGAUGUCGCGUCCACAGUCUAUCAAAAGGGAAGGGGAGGGGGGUGGGGGAGAAAAGGGCUCAUGUUUUUGUCAUUCAUCGCUAUAGAUGUGAGUAUUUUGCGCAAUUGAACGCAAAAAAUCUGUCCGCGAUGCCUUGGAUAAUGCUCCCGCACGAGUCUCUAAUACGCGAUGUAAUCUUCCGCUUUCGUGCGCGAUAUCGCACGAUCGAAAUUUUCAGCAUCAGAUCACGAGUAUGACAAACGCUGUAGAAUAUCGAAAAAGAAUUUCCAAUCGAUGGCCCAUGAUGAUCACGUAUCUAAACGUAUAUCUGAACUUUUAUGAAACUUCACUAAAAGAACAAACGGGUGUUGAUGUAUGUAUUCCAUUCUCGUUUACUCGCUGAAUUUUUAAUUUAAGAUAGAGAAAAAGAGAUAAAAACACAAGAACGUGUAUCUUGAAUGAAUGAUUAACAAUAUCGCAAUAUCGCGUAAAAUUUCUGCACAGAAUUCUCUACACAAUGUACUGUAUGAUGUGUUUAUUUGUUAUAUGGUUUAUAAUGUCGCAGAACAUUCUCUAUACUCUAACAGUCUAUCCUCUUUUCAGUUAUGUGCGUUACGACUAUCUCGCAAUGAUCUGAGAGGAUUGCGAUUACUUUAUUAAAUGAUUUCUAAAUGCUCUUCAAGAUGUAAGAGUAAGAGAGAGAUAUAAGAGUUUGCAUUUUGUAUCGGGAAUAUUUCGGUGAGAUAUAAAUCAAGCGACGUUGCGAUUUAAAUGUUAAAUCUUCUUGCCAAAAACAAUCGAUGAUGAUCAUGAUGAUAGCAUUCAUUUUAGAUUUUAUUCAAGUAGUUGAAGUUGGAAUUAUCAAGCCACGAUAUCAGAAAUUAUUUUUAUUAUUCUGGUCAU